AUGACUGAUCCAAAUACUCAACAAGUUGAAGAUAAGGAACCACCUAAGAAAUAUGACGGCCUUGCUAGGGCCCUGUACAACGUCGUGUCGUUAGUGGAAGGUUACGACCAGCAGAUGUUAUCCAUGUGUAUGAGAGCUUUCGAGAUAACUUUGGGUGUUUCUCAGUCUCAAUUGUCUACGAUGGCCACCAUGUCGACAAUGUCACAGCUGGGUUGUUGUUUAAUUUGGGGUAUGCUUGUGGACAAACGUGAACCGCACCACGUCCUCGGUGCAGGGCUUUUACUCGUGGGCGUGGCAUCUAUUCUCCUAAGUUCUGCAUCGCACUACAAAGUGAUUCUAUUCUUGCGGUUCUUACACGGAUUUGCAUUUGCUUGCAUAUACCCAUCCCAACAAAAAGUUGUGUCGGAUUCCCAACCCGAGGGGAAUUUCAGCAUGGUUUUCGGUAUAUUGCAAGGCUUGAAUUGCCUCGGACGUUUGUUUUGUGCCUUUAUCACUACGUUAAUUGCUCAGAAACUUAUGUUGGGCUAUUACGGCUGGCGUACUUCUUACGUCGUCUUGGGAUACGUGUGGAUCUUCGUUGGUGUCGCCAUUGUAUUUGGAAUGAAAGGUGAUUGUGUGAAUUCCAAAUGCCAACACAAAGGAAGCUUCAGCGACCAAAUAUCGGAAUCAUUUCAAAAUGUUUUUACAAGGCCUACGCCAUUGGUGCUAAUGUUCGCCGUGUUUAUCUCUGAGGCCCCAUUGUGUGCGUUUUCAUACAUGGUUUUAUACCUGCAGUACUUGGGGGUAUCUGACGUCAUGGCCGGUGUCGCAGUAGCUGUCACACUGAUCGGCGCCGCUGUAGGAUGCGCAGCUGGCGGUAUGAUUCUGAAGCAGGAUGAAAGCUCGGAGAGUGACCAUCUUCACCUCAUUUGCGGAACCGCAGUAAUGGUCGUCAGGCUUAUUGUGUGUCUAUGUUUCUUUCUGGGGAAGGCCCCGCCCGGACGUUUACUUUGGUAUCAUUAUGUUGAGUUUGCUCUGAUCGGGGCUUCUCUGAUGACACUCGGUGCCGUCGACAGACCACUUAUUAACAAUUCGAUAAGAAAAACGAUCCAGGGCACAGCGUCUGCCAUAAUUCGUUGUAUAUCAGGAAUUGCAAGUAGCGUAAUCUUUUACCAGCUUGCUGCCUAUUUGUCGGAAAAGGUGUUCGGGUACGUUCCGUCUAGAGAGUCUUUUGAGGCAAUGGAGGUAACUAUUAAGGAUAGAAACGCCGCGGCCCUGAGGAAAUCAAUGAUGUACAUUAUUGUAGCGGGCACCGUUCUCAACAUUGUUUGCUAUGGCGCGCUAUUUGGCAUAUAUCCGGAACACAAGCGACAAGUUAAAGGGCAGAAUGGGACAGCUCCUGGGCAAUCACCUCUAGUAGGAGCCGCAAAUGUGACGUGUUGA